GACGCGGCACUAGUCGUGAUGAUAUGGUACCUUUACGGUCGAAGCUCGGACGCGGAAACAGUCGAGAAGAGCCAGCUAUCCAUCUUGCCUGGUGGAGUCUUAUUUCUUCGAUUUAAGCGGGCUAAAACAGCUUUACUACAAGGCAUCUCCUUAUUCAAGGACCCAACGAAUUUCUUGACAUGUCCUCUGCAAGCUUUGGCUGUGGCGCUGGUUAUGUAG